UUACUCGUUGUAUCAUAGAACGAAAUGUACAAUAUUUGUAGUUUAAUGGUAUUUAGAAUGCGUUUAUUUUUUUUUUACCCAAAAUUAAACCUGUAAAUCGAGAUUGGAGUGACUGUUCAGCUGCUGUGGUGCGUCAUAUUGUGCAAUACAACCCUAAAUUUCCGACGGUAAUCGUCAUAAUAUUAUAUUUAUGCGGCCAUCAUUACUAAAUAGUAACUAUUUUUAUUUAUUGUUGUAAUACGUACACUCUUUGACGUAAUAUUGCCGUUGAAACUUGAAAGUUCACAUUUAAACACCUUGUUUAUGUACAACAUAUUCUAAUAUCUUAGACCUUUACAACUUGCAAUGAAUUUUUACUUGGCGAAGGCUUCGAAGUCGCUCUGUUCCAUAAGUACAACGACAAUGAGUUUCAACAGAUUCAAAAACGAUGGUUUGGGUAAUUUGGGUAGUGGUGUUGGCAAAGGUGGUGGUGGUGGAGGUUCCAUCCGAGAAGCUGGUGGUGCUAUGGGUGAACGUGAAGCUGCUAAUGAAGAAGAAUAUUUUUACAUACAGCAACGGCAACAAGUAGACAAAAUCAAAAAGGAUAUUGAAAUACGAAAAGCGGAGAUAGAGAAACACAUUGAUGAAGUCAAUAAGGCUAAAGCUCAAUUGGACAAGAUAACAGAUAAACAGUAAACUAUGUACUUGCCUAUUUUUUAUUCCUAUUAAUAUAAUUAUCAAACUAGAAUUAAGAAUAUGAACAAAAAUAUUUUUUCUCAAUAAUAAUAUUUUCUUAUUGGUACAUAUUGGUACAUACAAAUAUAAA